AUGGACAAGCUCGUCAGCGCCGCCAAGGACUUCCUUGAUGACGACAAGGACAAGCGUCAGGACCAGUCCCAGCAGCAGCAGUACGGCGGCGGACAACAGUACGGACAGCAGCAACAGUAUGGCCAGGAGCAGUAUGGUCAGCAACAGCAGUACCCUCCCCCCGGUGGCGUCCAGUCACACGGCGGUGGCAGCGGCAUCUCAAGCUUCUUUGGCAACCUCGACUUCGACCACGCCAAGGAGGAGGCUAACAAGAACGCCGGCUCCUCGGGCGACAAGGACCUGUUCUCCAACAUCCUAGGCUCUCUCGGGCAGAAGCAGAACAAGCUCGCCAACGAAGACCUCGAUGAGGAGGACGCCAUCAAGAAGCACAAGAAGACGUAUGAGGAUUCUGAGGACGAGGAGGACGACAAGAGCAUGGGCACUGCGGCUGCCAUGCAGGCCUUGAAGCUGUUCAACAAGGGCGAGACCAAGAGCAGCAGCAGCAGCCAGAGUGCUUUCCUUGGCCUUGCCAUGGCCGAGGCCAGCAAGCUAUUCGAUGACAAGGCCGCCAAGGGCAAGGUCUCAUCCGACGCCAGCAAGGAGAGCGUCGUCCAGCAGGCCGGUGAGGUCGCUCUGAAGAUGUACCUCAAGAACCAGGGCGAGCAGCAGGGCGGCCUCCUGGGAAUGGCCUCCAAGUUUAUGAACAAAUAA